AUGGCGACGAUGCGCAAUGGUCACCUUGAUGGUGCGACGAACGGCACUGCUGUUGCGCGACCCGUCAGCAAGCGCUUCUCCGACAUUCCUAGCGCCAUCGACAUUCCCGUGCAGGAUGGAGAAGACGAGGCGGUCGAGAUUGAUCUGGAGGAGCUGGUUGACGAUCCCACCGAGCUCUGCACCCUUUUCGACAACGAGCGUGCUGCGCGUCUUUAUUGGAUGACCGUAGCCCUCGCCUACGCGAAACAGAAGAAGAUUGACCAUGCCAUUGAGAUGCUCAACCGCGGCAGCAAUGCCAUGCAAGACAACAACCCAAUGGAAAAGCUCAGCGUUAUUACCUGCGUGUGCUGGAUGUACCUGUGGAAGAGCAGAGAGGCCCCUCGCGUCCCUCCCGAGGGCGCCCUUCUGUCCGAGGCCAAAACCAAGGACUACUACCUGCAACUCGCCACGUCUUCCCUCAACGAGGCCUCCCGCAUAAAUCCGGCGUUUCCUCCGCUAUUCUUGGCCCGCGGUGUACUUCAGCUUCUGAAGGCCUCACUUCAGGCACCCUCCAAGGCUCCGGGCGCCGGCCACGUUGAACAAGACAAAGCCGAGCUGCUUAAGAGUGCACUGAAGGCUUUCGAGCAAGCGAGCAAGGUUUCGCAAGGCAAGAACAUGCUGGCAUUGCUGGGGAAGGCGCGCGCCUUGUUCGGACUUGGCAAUUACAGGGACUCCUUGUCUACAUAUCAAGAUGUGCUGGCAAAAAUGCCCGAUCUCGUCGACCCGGAUCCCCGGAUAGGUAUUGGAUGCUGCUUUUGGCAGCUUGGCUACAAGGACGACGCGAAGCAAGCUUGGAUGAGAUGUUUAGAGAUAAACCCGGAGUCCAAGAUCGCGAACAGUCUCCUGGGCCUCUACUACCUGGAUGCUAGCGGCCGUGUACCCACGAAUAGUCCGGAUUUCAUCAAACUCUACAAGAAGGCCAUGACUGAGUUCACUCAGAAGUCAUUCAAGCUUGACAAGAACCAGCCACUCACCUGUGCGACCUUCGCUGGCUAUUUCCUAUCAAGCAAGAACAUGUCCCACGUCGAUUCGCUCGCCAACAAGGCUAUCCAGUACACUGACGUCAACGCCAUCGCAAGUGACGGGUGGUAUCUACUUGCUCGAAAGGAACAUUUCAGUGGCAACGUUGAGACAGCUACAGGUUACUACCGUCGCGCAGAUGAAGCUCGUGGGGGGCUCGAGAGAGGCUACCUGCCGGCCAAGUUCGGUGUCGCCCAGCUCUCGGUCCUGAACAACGAUCUUGGCGAGGCAAAACUUCGUCUCGAGAAAAUCAUCCAGCCGAGCGGCAAGAACGAGCGUAACUACGAGGCCAUGAUCCUCUUGGGUACCCUCUACGCCGAGGAAGUUUUUGCUAAUCAGUACGCUGCGACGAAGGAGGAUAAGUCAGCAGAGAUGCGCAAGGCUAUAGAAUACCUUGAACAUGUUCGCAUGGCGUGGAAAGAUCCGAGGAAGAACCUCUCCCCGGACCCUGCGAUCCUGCUGAACCUCGCUCGCCUUUAUGAGAACCACUACGCAGACAAGGCUCUGCAGUGCCUUCAGCAAGUUGAGCAGCUCGAGCUAGAUCAGAUUCCAACCUCGGAGCAUCCGGAUGGCAUUGACGAUGAGGCGGCCGUGCGCAAGGCUUUGCGGAAAAACUUGCCACCCCAAUUGCUGAAUAACAUCGGUUGCUUUUAUUCUCAAGCCGAGAAGCAUCAGCUGGCAAGCGAAACGUUCGAGGCUGCCUUAAGCUCCUGCAUGCGCAUUGGCGAGACAGGCGAAGACAUGGACACGGACGCCCUAGUCACGACGAUAAGUUUCAACCUCGGCAGAAGCUACGAGUCCCAGGGCCUUACUGAGCAGGCAGUCGGAGUCUACGAGAAGUUGGUGGCACGACAUGGUGACUACACGGAUGCUCAAGCACGGUUGGCAUACAUCAAGCUGCUCAAGUACCCGAACAAGGAAGGUCCCGAGGCUAUCACGAAGCUCUACCACGAAAACUCAGCAGACCUAGAAGUCCGUGCCUUGCACGGCUGGUAUCUCGGCCGAGUUCACUCGCGAAAGAGGCCUACCAACGUCAAUGAAGACGCGGAACUCAAACACUUCAAGCACACUCUCCAGAACUAUGACAAGCAUGAUAGAUACGCGCUUGUUGGUAUGGGCAACAUGUACAUGAUGGCAGCUCGCGAAAUGCGACGAGGGACCGAUCAAGAGAAGCAGAAAAAAUCCGCUAUGUACACUCGCGCCGUGGAAUUCUUCGACAAGGCAUUGCAAUUGGACCCGAAGAAUGCCCAUGCAGCCCAAGGUGUCGCUAUCGCUCUUGCCGAGGACAAGAAAGACUACAAGAAUGCACUGCCGAUCUUCCUAAAAGUGCGCGAGACCAUCAAAGACGCCAACGUAUACAUCAACCUCGGUCAUAUUUAUGCAGAGUUGCGUCAGUUCUCAAAGGCCAUCGAGAGCUACGAGAACGCUCUGGCGAAAGAGGGAAAACCGAACCACGGGAUAUUGGCGUGCCUCGGUCGUAUAUGGUUGCAAAGGGGCCGGCACGAGCGGAACCUGGAUGCGUACAAGACUGCACUGGAUUUCGCUAAAAGGGCCCUCGAAAGUCAACCCGACCACGCUCAUUCCAAGUUCAACGUCGCCUUCGUGCAAAUUCAGCUGGUUCAGCACAUUAUGAACGUGCCUGAGACGCAGCGAACACUUGUACAGCUCCAGGAUGCCUCUGAUGGCCUUGAGGCAGCCAUUAUGGUCUUGGACGAGAUAGCAGCCAGCCCGGACCCACCGUACCCAAAGGCUGAUCUAGAACAGCGAGCCAACAUGGCUCGGAACACACAACGGAAGCAGCUUGGACGGUCAAUCGAGGCUCAAAAGGAGUACGAGGAGAAGAACAAGGAGAAGCUGGCGGCUGCUCUCGAGAAGCGGCAGGCUGAGCUUAAGCGCCGCGAGGACGAGCGGCAGAAGGCUUUGGCUCAGGAGCACGAGAGACAGGAGAAGAUACGAAAGGAACGCGAAGAAAUCCUGGCUCGUGACAGAGAAGUGGCGGAGCAGCGAGCUGCUGAGGAGAGAGAGCGACUGGCUGCUGAGUUGACUACGGACAGCGAGACAGGAGAGAAAGUCAAGCGAAAGCGGAAAGCCAAGCCUCGUGGAGAAGGCCAACCGAGAAGUCGCCCGCAGAAGAAGAAGGCUAAGCGUGAUGACUACGAGUCGGACGAGGAGCGCCAGCCCAAGAAGAAGCGGAGACUGGCGGCCAAGAAGGACAACAAAAAGUACAAGUCUGAAGAGAUUGUGGUGGACAGUUCUGAUGAAGAUGAUGACGACGAUCUAGACCGCGCUGAGAGAGGUAUGGAGGAUCACGACUCACCUCGUUCAGAUGCGGACGACGCGUCUAGGGCUGGAAACGACGACGUCGACAUGGACAUCGACAAGACAGCCGACCAGAGCGAGAAUGAAGAUGACGAGGAUGAACCCACCACCACAGCUCGCGCUCCCAAGCGUGCAAGGCGAGGCAGAGUCCUGGAUGACAGUGAUGAGGACGAGGAUCAUGACCAAGACGGUGGCAGUCCUGCCGCAGCCAACGGUGCUUCUGGAGACGAAGGCGAGCCUGCAGCUGGAGCAGCAGACACCAGCAUGGCGAAUGCCCCCGACUCCGACGCUGAGGAAUGA